GCAAGUGACAGAUGGGAGGACGGCAAUCCGACAUCGAUUUGUUUGAUACAGCGCAUACUGGGACUAGCAAUACACACCGAGGCGAAUAUGUCAAAAUUAGAUAUUUAGUCAGCCGGCCGUCCGUAAUUGACCCCCCACCCCCCCAGCCCCGACUGCUUUAUCUAUAACGGUGACGGGGAGUCUCGUCUGCACUGUCCGCAGGAGGAACAAGUCAAGACAUGAGCAACGUUAAUCUUAUUUUUUGGGACCAGUUGCAAGCUGGUAGCUCCGAGGUGGACUGGUGUGAAGGCAAUUACCUUAUCUACCCGAGCAUUGCUGAAUUUUACAACACGAUAAGCAACAUAUUGUUUUUUAUUCUUCCGCCUAUUUUAAUGUGCUUGUUCCGCCAAUAUGCAACGCAUUUCAACAGUGGGAUCUACCUCAUAUGGAUUCUGCUAGUUGUAGUUGGUAUUGGGUCUACAUAUUUUCAUGCCACACUCAGCUUCCUUGGCCAAAUGCUGGAUGAGUUGGCCAUCCUGUGGGUGCUAAUGUGUGCCAUUGGCAUGUGGUUCCCAAAGAGAUACCUCCCGAGGAUGUUCAGGAAGGAUCGGUCAAGGUUCAAAGUGGUCAUUGGCAUCUUGUCUGGCAUUACCACUGGGUUGGCAUUUGUUAAACCUGUUGUCAACUCAUUGUCACUAAUGACCUUGGGCAUCCCCUGCACUGCACUGCUCAUUACCGAGCUCAAAAGGUGUGAGAACCCCCGUGUCUUCAAGCUGGGACUAAUUUCAGGGAUAUGGUGGGCACUUGCUCUCCUCUGCUGGAUCAGUGACCGGAUAUUCUGUGAAAUGUGGUCCUCUGUCAACUUUCCCUACUUACACUGUGCUUGGCACAUCCUCAUUUGCCUAGCUUCCUACCUGGGCUGCGUGUGCUUUGCUUACUUUGAUGUGGCAACGGAGGCCCCGGAGCAAGGUCCUGUCAUCAUGUUCUGGCCUAAUGAGAAAUGGGCCUUCAUUGGGGUGCCCUAUGUCACCUUGCUAUGUGUCCACAAGAAGUCUUCUAUCAAGGUGACCUAAGUUGAACAAUCUCACCAGGACUGUCUUCACAACAUAGACACAAGGUAUUUCUUCCAUACUUUGAGUCCACCAGCGCUUUAGUGACUGCAUAGCGUAAAUUAUGUAUAUUUUGACUGAUAAUAAGGACUAACCUUUUCUUUUCUCCCUGUUGGAUUUCUGGUCUCUUCUGUGUUACAUAGCAGUGUUUAUGCAACUCUUUGUCUAAAGCACAAAAGGCGUGCCAAGGUUUUCUGCCUCGGUGAUGUAUGUAGAGUGACAAAUUCAACAAGAACAUUGUCCCGUUAUGUUUGUACAUGCACACCAGUUUGAUUCUUCGGCUUUGUACAGGAGAGCAUGCGUUCCAUUGAGAGUACAGAUGUGUUCUUUAUGCAUUUCAAGGUUCUACUGAGAACACUUAUUUCAUGGUAAACCCUUUACUCCAAGAGCCUCAUAAUGAUUAUUGCCUUAAAAACAUAGUUGUAGCAUCUCAUAGGUGCAGUUCAGUAGUUAAUCAUUACAAAAUAAUUUGCAAAAGCAAUAAGACACUGGUGACAUUAACUGCUCUUGAUGUGUAGGGGCAUUAAAGCUCCAUGGUGACAUUUUGGUUACCCACUGAGCACACUAUGCUCAGUGAGUAAAUCAGCAAGCUGCUAUUAAGUGUUCUGUAAGGUAUUACAGAAGCCUUACAAGAACAUCAUUCAUGUAAAGCCUUGUGUAUGUUCAGCACAUAAUGGCUUCAAUGUUCCUUACUCUGCCAACUGUUAAGGCUGAUCGUCUCCUUGUGUAGGUAAUUGAUUUCCAGCAUGACAGAGUGAGCUUUCAGGAUUUUUUUUUUUUAAGUGAAUAGAUUUCUGUAUUUCAUUAACUCAUAAUCUGAUGUAGUUAUUUAAAGGAACAUUUUAUGAUGAAACAUUUUCACUGCCUAUAUUUGCAUUACUCUCUUGGAGCCAGCUAACUUUCGACAAAGCACAAAAAGUAGCUAUUUUGUAAAAGCUAUGUUAACAAUAUUUACAGUGUGAAAGGAUUGUUGGUACUGUCUAUUGCCUUUAGAGUCAGCACCGUACAGUCUACGGGUUUCCUUCUUUUUUCUUUAUAAUAUAUUUUUCCCCAUUUUUCUCCCCAAUUGUACCUGGCCAAUUACCCCACUCAUUCUGAGCUGUCCUGGUCGCUGCUCCACCCCCUGUGCCAAUCUGGGGAGGUCUGCAGACUACCACAUGCCUCCUCCGAUACAUGUGGAGUUGCCAGCCACUUCUUUUCACCUGACAGUGAGGAGUUUUGCCAGGGGGACGUAGCGCGUGGGAGGAUUGCGCUAUUCCCCCCAGUUCCCCCUCCCCCCAAACAGGUGCACCGACCGAUCAGAGGAGGUGUUAGUGCAGCAACCAGGACACAUACCCACAUCCGGCUUCCCAUCCGCAGAUACGGCCAAUUGUGUCUGUAGGGACACCCGAUCAAGCCAGAGGUAACGCAGGGAUUCGAACUGGAGGUCACCAUGUUGGUAGGCAACGAAAUAGACCGCUACACUACCCGGAUGCCCCCUACAGGUUUCCUUUAACCAGAGACAGGCUUUACCUUCACUUUCAGCUCAUUGACAUUAUUCAGUCUGAAGAUGCUCCAGCCCCCCCCCCCCCCCCCCGAUACAUUUGACCUCGCAUCUCAGAGGUUGAGAACGCUUCUUUGUGAACUUCACCCUGGACCACAUUGUCAGCUUUUAAGUUGCGCAGAUGGUUUAUUCGUUUAUUCGGGGUGUAACAGCAGGCGGUGCCAUCUUCAGCCCCGAUAAUCUUAACAACGAGCUUAAAGGGAAGGCACGGAAACCUGUAGACUGUAGUGUUGAUUCUGAGUGCGACUGUCAGCACAAGCAAUAUUUUCUCAUUACAGGGAUUCGUUUGAGUCACCAUUAAUAUCAAAAUAUUGUUUAAUGCAGCUUUAAAGUGCUGAACAUCAAAUGUGAAGUUAUUAACAAUAAAUUUGUCAGGUGUAAUAUUCUCCUGUAACAGUAAGUGCAGUAAAAAAUGACUUUUCAAAGGUAGAUCUUGUGGAAAAUAAUUUUAAAAUAAUGUGUGGAAAAAAGUGGAAAAUAUUUUGUGAUGAUAACUUUUAAGUUAAACUUUUUCUCUCGUUGCCAUUUCUCAAACCUCUGCUCCAGUGAUUUUAGCGAUAGCAUUACCUUUGCUCCUGUAACCAAACAGUGAUAGACAAAGGAUGUACCUGUGAAAUCCUUUUCAAAAGUUGUUCUACGAUACAGCAUCUCUCUUUGAUGUAGAAAAAGCUCUGAUGCAGACAUUUUUUUCAGACAUUACAUGAGAAACAUCUCGAGAAGAUGGGUUAUUUUACUUCUCAUAGCUUGUACUAUAGACUAGGCCUAGACGUUUUAGGCUCUACAUUUUACACACUGGCAAUAACAAGUAAGUAAUGGGAGAAGCCUUAAUGAAGCACAAUGUAAACCUAUGAACAAACAUUGGGUUCAGUCAGUGUACUUGCAUUACGUUCUGAAACUUGUUUUGAAUUUCAGAAGUUCUCAUUUUUGGAGGGACUAUUUACUCAGUGUGAUGUGCAUCAUGUACAGUGGAUAGAAAUUUGGGACUGGUUAGUUUUUAGGACACCUGACGACCUAUUAAGUCCAACACAGAAAAAUCUGCGUGCAGAAUUUACAUGUUGAGGAUAUCAUCUGUUGUACAAAAAAAUACUAUAACUGAAAAACAAAGCAUUUUCACCUCAAACCACCAUUUUUCACACGGCUGUUGUAAACUGCCUCGGUCUACUCUGUUAAAGCCACGAUAACUUUAACAGUUAGCUGGAAACUCCGAUCCAUCAAAUUUCAAAUAUAUGAAGGCUAUCACAAUGUACAAAGACAGGGAAGAAGAAAGAAAUAUUCUUUGUUUUCUGAGGUUUUGAAGUAAUAUUUGUAACAAACGGAAGUUUUGUUUUUUUUAAAGCCAAAACGAGAAUUUAUAUUUUUGCCAGCAAAGCUCAGCCAAAUUUAAGGCAAAUGUCUAAAGGGUGCAUGAUUUCAGUAUUGUAUUAUUAGUAUGUUUUUACUUUCAUCAAUUCUAAAAAAAAAGAAAAGAAAAAAAGAGGUUCCUCAAUUGUUUUUUUUUUUUCUCUAUGCAAUUUCAGAAGAACGUUUGAGGACCCUUUCAUAACAGUGUUGAUUUUAUAAAAGUGACUGAUUAUAAAGUGCAACAGUUUGAAUUUUGUGAAUGUGAAUGGACAUGAUUUGAUCCUACUGAAUCAUUUAACUGAUCCAUCCAUGCAAGGUGCUUUAUUUCUAUAAACCGUCUAGCAUCCACACACAGCCUACCAAGUUUAUGAUAUUCAGCAGUAAUGUUGGCCUGCUCUAGCUAUAUCGCGUUAUGUGGUAUAAUUUUACACAGCAGGUGUUCGUUCACAUGGAGGUUUCAAGAGCCAAAUAUCUAUUUAGAAAGGCUUGGUUUGAAUACUUAAGGAAUGCGUUUGAUGUUUUUUAAUAAAUGGGUUAAUUUCACAAAGAGGACAUCAAAGUCUUGACAUUAGCUGAAAGAAAUAAAGCUAGUACCUUGUUUAUUGCUAUCUUAUGUAUUAUGAUAUUCAUCUUUAUAUGAGCUGUGGUUAUGAUGGCUAAAUAUUUGUCAGUUUGUCGACAACGAAUUUUUCUCAGUCUAUCUCUACCUACAAUGAAAGUAGAUAUAUUGCACAAAGUAUUUAUUUUCCUAAUUUAUCCAGUGUGAAGACAUUUCUUUAUACUAUAACGUCGUUUUUAUUGUAUUAUUUUUAUACAAUAAACUACCUUU